CCAAUUCACUGUGAAGAGCUGGAGAAAACACAAACCUUUUUGGAUUCAGGAUUGGGGCCAAAGCGGCGGGCCGAAAUUUUACGGGGUCUGAAAGUGAGGAGAUGAUGAGAGUUCACGCUCACACCAAGUUUUGCUUUCUGUGCGUGCUCACCCUCCUGUUCCAUCAAUGCACACAUUGUCACGAGACGGACCACCAUCACCAUUAUCACCACAAUGAUGGCCACGAUCAUGACCACGACCACGACCACGACCACAUCCACGACGACCACCAGAUAUCAAAAACACCCUACACAGGCCAGACUAAUCACUCGGCACCCGAGAACGAGGGCGCCGCCGCCGAGCACGAGCAGCAGUAUUACAUCCUCCAGCUGUUUCAACGCUAUGGCCACCAGGAUCGACUGGACUUCAGAGGCUUCCAGAACUUGCUGCUGAGCCUGGGACUGGGCGAGGUGCGAGUGGUGGAGCUGGAACACGAUGAUCUCGGCCACGACCACGUGGCACAUCUGGACCUUUUGGAAGUGCAGGAAGGCAAACACUCGCAUUCCGCCGGGCAUGCACAUGCACAUGUUAAGCAUUUACAUCAUAGCCACCAACAUUCGCAUGAUAAUAAUGGAAGCUUGUGUAGCCCCAAACCUGCGAUAGAGAAUGGCUCCAAUAAACGGAGCGGUCACGACCACGAUCAUGAUCACGACCAUGGUCACGAUCACGACAAUGACCACGGUCACGUCCACGAUCAGGACAAUAACCACGACCAUGAUCACGUCCAUGAUCACGACAAUGACCAUGAUCAUGUCCACGAUCACGACAAUGACCACCACGAUCACGUCCACGAUCACGAGCAAGUAAAAACUCAGGCUCAAAUUGUUAAAAAUGAUCAAAAGCACAACCAUAAACAAUCACAUGAUCAUGAUCACAACCACAAACAUGAUCAGAACAAUAAUGAACCUUCACACGACCACCCACAUGACCAUGACCACACGACGGAUCAAGACCACACACAGGAACACAACGAUCUUAGUCCAGACGACAGUGCUGAAACGUCUUCGGAAAACAAGCAACAACAAGCGAGGAUGCAUCGUCAUGACCACCAUCACCAUAAAAGCUCCCACCCUCACAACCACCACAACCAUCCAGACACGACAGACCAAAGUAACCAAUCGCAACCAACUCGAGCUUCCAUUCAGGUUGCCGAUUCUGCUACUCUCCAGCCCUCGUUACCCACUCAGCCGUCUACCACCAUGCCCAAGAGGAUGAGAAAACAGUUAAAAGGGAGAGCUCAGCAUGGUCGAAAUAAAAAGCCGAACACUCUUGAACCCACCAGCAGCUCCACGGUGAAAGAUGGUGGGAAUGGUCAUGAGCAUGAUUACAGUCAUGAGCAUGAUCACAGUCAUGAUGAACACAUGCACAGUCACAGUCAGGCACACAAAGGAAAACGAGAAAUACCAGAAGAUAUUGCCAAUCCAGACGGCUCAUCUCCGCCUGGGCAUUUCGACAGCAUGACUGAUCAACACGAGGAGUGUCUGAAUUUGACACAGCUAUUCCAUCACUACGGUCUGAGUCCGGAUUCGCUCAUCUCCCCAGCACAGUUCACCUACUUGUGUCCGGCCCUGCUUUAUCAGAUCGACAGCCGUGUCUGUAUCCGCCAUUACCACCAGGUUGACGUUCAGGAAGCACAACCACUCUCAGGAUGGGUUUGGCUGUUCAGCUUCAUUGCUAUCACAGUGAUCAGCUUGUUGUCCCUGCUGGGUGUCGUUCUGGUGCCCAUCCUUAAUCAGUCCUGCUUUAAGUUCCUGCUUACCUUCCUGGUGGCGCUGGCAGUGGGAACGUUGAGCGGUGAUGCCCUUCUUCACUUGCUGCCUCAUUCACUAGCAGACCAUGACCACAGUCAUGACCUAGGUCACGGCGAACACAGCACUGCAGAUGAAGACGACUGGCUCACAAAGUUUGAUGGCGUCUGGAAGGGGCUGACGGCACUGGCGGGAAUCUACCUUCUUUUCGUCAUCGAACACUGCAUCCGCAUGUUCAAGCAUUACAAAGACAGAGGGGGUGGGUUUUGUCGAAGUAAAAGAAGAAGCGAGGAUGGAAAUAUUGGAAGGAAGUUGUCAGACCACAAGCUGAACAGGCACUCAGAUGCUGAGAGGAUCCAUUUGAAACGUUUAGAUGACUCCUCCCACAUGGACACUCAGAUGACUGAACUGCAGCCUCCAGACUCUCCCAGCAAGACACCGCUGGCCAUCACGGUCGCAGAGUACUCGGAGGAAAACUCGGAGGAAAGUGAAAAAAAGGCCAAGAAGAAGAGGCACUCGCACUCGCAUCACGGCCACUGCCACUCUGAGAAGGACAUGCAAGAUGCUGGGAUCACGAGCAUAGCCUGGAUGGUUAUCAUGGGGGAUGGCAUGCACAACUUCAGCGAUGGGCUGGCAAUAGGUGCUGCUUUUAGUGCCAGCAUUACAGGGGGUAUUAGUACAUCCGUUGCUGUCUUCUGUCACGAGCUGCCUCAUGAACUGGGUGACUUUGCGGUGCUGCUGAAGGCCGGUAUGACUGUGAAGCAGGCUAUUGUGUACAACCUGCUCUCAGCGCUCAUGGCCUACUUUGGCAUGGUGAUUGGCACAGCUCUGGGUCAGUAUGCGCACAAUGUGACCAGCUGGAUCUUUGCUGUGACUGCUGGCAUGUUUCUCUAUGUGGCCUUAGUGGACAUGCUUCCCGAGAUGCUUCAUGGUGACAGUGAAGAUCAGAAGCACUGCAAUCUGGGUCACUUCGUCCUGCAGAAUAUGGGCAUGCUCAGUGGUUUUACGAUCAUGCUGCUCAUUGCCAUUUUUGAGAAUCAAAUCGUGGUCAACUUGGGCUUCUAGGUUUGUCUACACCCCCCCUAAACUUGGUGCAAAGCGCCCCUGUGUCUCAUUUGCAUCUUCAUGGUUUUAUUUGCUCUCCAAGAGGGCUUUGAUGGCUUCUGGUGAACAUGCAGACUAUACCGUUUACAUUCCAACUACAUUUUCUGGGAGUUGUAAACGGGGUGGGUUUGAAACCUGAGAAAGCACAAAUGCUGAUGGAGAAACGCUGUCGUCACACACACACACACACACACACAACAGAUUUUGCAUCUUUUCAUGUCUUUAAAACGCUCGAACUAACACCCCAGUGUUAUUCAUGUGUUCAGAAGCUGGACGUGUCCAAGCAUCAGUUUAUUAUUACGUGUCUCAAUGUGAACCCGCACUGGACAUUAGGAAGUCUCUGAAUUGCAUCUCUUUACCACCAUGAUGGGGUCAGGUCUUUCUCAAAAAUACAGCUAGUGCAUUUGAGUGUUGAAUCAAACAGAAUGAUAAUGAAACCACUAAACCACUGUUGAGUUUGCAGCAGGAUCCAUUCAUGAGGAAAUGUGACGUCUUGAUAUGUCGUCUGGUGUUGUCCUACCAUCAUGGUGCUAAAAACAUUCAACCGAACAUCCUCACGUGAUGUGUAUU